AUGAAGCAUAUCUUUGAUGUCAUCAUCGUCGGCAUGGGCCCUGCUGGCCUUGCCGCUGCCGCUAAACUCGAGGAGUCGGGUCUUGACUUUGCCAUUCUCGAUUCAGGAAAGCCCGCCUCCAAGCGAGACCGAUACGAUGCCACAGACGCCACGAGCGGUCACGGCGGUGCUGGACUAUUCUCCGACGGAAAAUUCUCUUUCUUUCCCUCUGCAACUGAGUUGUGGACACUUGAAGAUCAAAAGGCCUUGAAAGAAGCCUAUACAUGGACCUGUAACAGGCUCGGUGCUGCGGGCCUCGAUACACCACCAUUCCCUGAAAGCCCAAAGGAUUACUCGUACAAAGGUCCUGAUGGCUUGAAAGACUUGGACUUCGUCUUGAAGGCAUAUCCAUCCGAUUAUCUUUCUUUGGAGGCACGGAUGAAUUUGAUCGAUGACAUGGUUGGCCGUAUUCGAGGCCAGAUUUUCAAUGAGUGUCUCGUUCAGGACGUCCAAUACGAUUCUAAAGCAGACGAAUUCACAUUGAAGGUGGCCGAUCUUGGCAAAAACAACAGCCGCGCUUUAUCUGAACUUUGCGCUCGUCGAAUCAUCAUUACAACAGGUCGCUUCGGACCGCUAGGCAACGGCCUAAUGAACCUCACAGAGCACGCCAACUUCCGUCGCCUGGAAGUUGGCUUCCGCAUUGAACAAUCCAGUGAUCGGGCUUUCUUCCGUGAUAUGAAGCAGCUUGAUCCUAAGCUUCGUUUCCAGGAGACCGAAAAGGGCAUGGAGUGGCGUACUUUCUGUGUUUGUCGACAGGGAGAAACAGUUCUGACUGAGACAAAGGGUCUGUACACUGUUUCUGGACGUUCGGACUGUCCCCCAACCGGUCGGUCGAAUUCUGGAUUCAACACAUUGAUCCUUGACGAAAACACAGCCAAGGACUUAACCUUACCUGCUAUCAAGGCUAUGAUGAAGCCUGAUUCUCACUUUGAACUUCCUAUGACUGGUCUUCUACAAGAAGAUGAGUGUGUCACUGGGCAGUUUGACAAGAUCUACGGUCGUGAGCUGCGUCUCGCCAUGACCAAAGGAUUGUCGCGUCUUGCUAAGAAGUUCCCCGAUCUUGGCACGGAUGAGAAUGCUAAGUUGAUCGGUCCUACCUUGGAGGGAGUUGGAUGGUACCCUAAAGUAUCUGGUCAUUUGAAGUUGUUGGAUACCCCUGCUUAUGUUUCUGGAGAUGCUUGUGGUUUGUUCCGUGGUAUUGUUGCUGCUAUGAUUAGUGGACAUUAUUCUGCCGCUUCUCUUAUGGAGGAGAUGGUUUGA